AUGGACUUCCUUCAGACUCGGCGAGGCCAUGAGCUGAUGAACAUGGCCGAUCUGAAGCAAGUUUGCUACUUCGAUCGCAUCCAUCAACCAGGCGAGAUGGACGUGGCGGCGACCUUCACCACGCGCCGCGGUGCCGCCGCCGAGCGCUUCUUUCGCGCCGCCAGCGCCGAAGAAAGCGAACCGGCCACCACCACCGGCCACCACCAGCCGGCCACGGCCGAUCGUGGCCUGGACAGCGAUCACGAGGGAGACGACCACCACCCUUCAUCCACCACCACCACCGACCACGAAGAAGGCCGCGUCGACAAUGGCGACGACUGCUUCGUGCCGUCCAACGCGGUCGAGCAGGUCCUGCACGACCCCUAUCUCCUCCUCAAGAUCUUCCGUCGGCUGUUCGGCGCCACGUCAGCAUCAGCAUCAGCAUCGUCGAUGACGACAGGCCCCAGCGCGAGCGUGGACCACCUGCGGCCGCACCACCGGCGCCUGGCCAACGUGCGCAGGGUGUGCACGCUCUGGCGCGCCGUCGCGCGCAUCAUCUGCCCGCCGGUAGACUACCUGCGCGCGCGGCCCUCGCGCCACCUGCUGACCAGCGGCACCGGCAUCGACGCCGGCGAGACCGCGGCCGACACGGCCAACUCCUCGCUCCUCUCCCUCUUGUACGUGGUGAGCGGCUACUCGGAGGGCGAGGUGAAGAUCUGGGACGUGGACGGCACGGGACCGGACGGAAGCCACUGCGUGCGGACCCUACAGUACACGAUGCUGCGGUGGUUCAACCGCCGCUUCCGGUCGAUGGCGCUGGCGAGCCUGGUCGAGCUCCGGCUGCCCGCCUACUCGCCUGAGGAGGAGCGCGAGAUCGAAUCCCGCCGCAGCCGAAGCAACAGCGGCCAGCGCGGCCGACAGGCGAAGCUCGCCGUCGACGGCGGCUCGGCCUCUGGGCUGAUGGCCCGGCUGGGCUCGGCGUCGCCCUUUUCGCUGGUGCGGUCGUCGACAGUGUCGACAGCGACCGAUCAGCCGUCGCCGCUGCUGCUGCCGCGCUCGGUUGACGACCUGCCGACGGUGAGCCGCACGCGCAAGCGGUCGUGGAUCGCGAAGAAGUGGGAGCGUAGCAAGGCUGCAGGCAACAGGCCAUCGUCGUCGUCGUCGCCCUUGUCGAGCCCGCCGUCCUCCCCGCAGGCGCUGCCGACCCUGGAGACGUCGCCAUCGCCGUCGCCCUCGACAUCGCCGCCGCAGUCGCCGACCGCAUUGACGAUGAACGACCGCGGGUACACCAGCGCCCCGGUGGUCUCGCGGCGUAAUCGCUAUUCGCUCUAUCGAGAACGAAUCAUGGCCCAGGAGAGUAUUGAAAGCUCGGAGCUGAUGAAGCGGAUCGAGGAGGAGGAGGAGGAGGAAGAGGUGGCAGUGGCGGCGACACAGGAGAAGCCGGCGGCCGCGCAGCGAGCAGACGCCGAGUCGAGCGGCGACUGGGCUGUGGGCGGCAGCGAGGAGGUGUGGGAGCUGGCGAGCAUCCCGUGGCCCGCGGCGCCCGUAGGGAAGGAGGCGCGCGAGGGGAGUGCGAGCACGACGCGAGGGCGGAGGGGGCACCUGGCCAGCGUGUACUACCACCUCAUCCUCAUCUGGGACGUGGUCCAGGGCGAAUGCCUGCGCGCCCUCGAAGGCCACACCCUCGAAGUGAACGCGCUGCAACCGCUCAAGGGCGGACGACAGCUGGCCAGCGGCUCGGAAGACAAAUCAAUCCGCAUUUGGGAUGUCACUACCGGGCAGUGCCUUCGCCCUGUGCUCUCGCUCGCCACGCUGCCCAAUGGGCACCUCGUGGCCGGCGCCGAGAACAACAAGAUCACCGUCUGGGAUGUCGACGCCGGGAAGCGUGUAAAUACGAUCAAGGGAGCGACGGAGCCCGUGUGGCAUUUCCAGGUGAUGUACGACAAACAGGGCCUCUUUGCCGACGUCUCGGACUCGAAGAAUGUGAUGCGGCUGAUCUCGUCGACGGGCCACUGGGACCCGGAGAAGCGAACCAACAAGGGCCAGGUGGCCGUGUGGGACGUCAAGAACGCCAAGAAGCUGCGCACCAUCUUCGAAUACGACGGCUACGCACGCAACAUGAUGGGUCAGCACAUCCUCGUCGUUGUGUCGCGGCUGCCGGGAGGAUACCUCGCCGUGGCGAUUCACUACUACGGGUCGUCGAACACGAACGCGCGUCUCGUGAUACUCGACCUCAACGCCAUCGCCGCCACCGCGCCCCAGUCCUCCACCGCGCCAUUGUCAUCGCCACCGUCGACGCGUCGACGCACCACUGAUGACCGCGGCAGCAGCGCGACGACAACGACAACGACGGCGCAGUCUCGGAUCACGCGAAGACGAGAGCGGCAGCCGAGCCCGAGCUCGAGCUCGAGCCGAAGCCGAAGCGGCAGCAGCGAAGGCGACGCCAGCGGCGACGACGCCGACGCUUACGAAGAUGAAGAAGAUGGCGACAAGCAGCGAGAGCGAGAGCGGCAAUGGAGCGUUGAGGAGGAGGAGAAGAGGGCGGUGGUGGUGGAGGAGAGGGAGGAGGGAGAUGGCAGUACGUGGCGGCUGGUGCCCGGCACGAAGGACCUCAAGGUCAACUCCAUGGUGGUGCUGCCCGACGGCCGCCUCGUCGGCGCCGCCUCCGACGGCUGCAUCUGGGUGUGGUCCUUCGACACCAAGAGCCGCUGA